AUGACUUGCUUUUACAAAGAAAGACAUCCGAAAAAACUAGCAAUUGCAGACUUGGGUUGUUCUUGUGGACCAAACACUUUGUUUGUGGUUUUUGAUCUGACUGAAACUGUGGAUGUACUUUGCAAAGCUCUAAACCAUGAAUCCCCUGAAUACAUCAUCUUCUUGAAUGAUCUUCCUGGCAAUGACUUCAACAACAUCUUCAAGUCUCUUGAUUGCUUCAAAAAGAAGCUAACAUCAAAUCCAUUGGUUGAUGGGAUUGAUCAUCAAUAUUGCUGCAUCACUGGGGUUCCUGGUUCUUUCUAUGGCAGGAUUCUUCCUACUAGUUCUCUAUAUUUUGUUCAUUCCUCCUACAGCCUUCAUUAUACAUCUCAAGUUCCUGACUAG